AUGUCCCUCGUUUGUCUCCUGUACGCUUUGGUGGCUCUUCAAGGUUUCAUUGUGAUCCUGCAUUUCACGGGAAAAGGCUACGUCAUUUCUCUCAUUUUCGAGUUCACCUUCCUUUCUUUCCGCGUUCUGAUUUCCUUUUCACAAUCGGCUUUUAAGUGGGUUUUGCCGUCAAGAAAAAGCCUUCAUGGAGAGCUUGCUUUGGUAACAGGAGCAGCAAGUGGUAUUGGUCGACUGAUUUCUCUUCGUUUGGCUGAGAAAGGUUCGUUGUUUUUUUUAAAAUUAUUAUUAUUGUUGAUGUUCGUAUUAAAAGUUAAAAGUAAACUCAAUUGUCACGACUUCUUCUUGGUUUGUGGCUUAGCUGCUUACGAAGCUUUUGUACUUUAAUUAAUUUCCACCCGCAGUGACAGAGAUACUGAACAUCAAUUUUCGUUUUGUCCCUAAAAUCUCCAGGUUCUUUAAUAUUCUAGAAACAGUAUAUACAUUUAUAUAAUCCAGUAUGGUAAUAAUAAUUAUAGUCUCAGACUGUCUAUGCUAAAAAAAAAUCAAUUCUUUGAAGCAAAAAGUGCAAAAAAAAUCACUUAAGUGACUGAUUUAUUUAAAAAAAACUAUAUCGUUUGAAAAACGUUUUUGAAUAAACAGGAAGCUCAUGGCAGGUGUUUUUUAGCACCUGAAGCUUUUUCACACUUAUAUGUACAUGUAUUGUUGUCCUUUUCCUUAAAAUUCAACUCACUAUGUUUGGAAAAACAAAGCACCUUUAAGAAUCUUUAGAAAUAUACAUGUAGACUGUAUGUAUUACCGUAAAAUUCCGAAAAUAAGCCCCUCCAUGUAUAAGCCCCUCCAAAUAUAAGCCCCCCAAACUCGUAACACAAAAAACCCUCCGUUAAAUCACUCCUCCAAAUAUAAGCCUCCCGGGGGCUUAUACUUGGAAAUUGCCCUCAAAUACAAAGUAGAACAAAGCAAAAACGGUAAAUUUACUUCAACUAUAAGGCUAGCCCAAUCGAUUUUGAAAUUACGCAAAUUUCCCUCCAAAAGUAAGCCCCUCAAAAAGGGCCUUUGAAAAAUAUAAGCCCCGGGGCUUAUUUUAAGAAUUUUACGGUAUUUUGAGCGAGUGGAUUAUGACUUGAUUUAAUAGAACAACAAAUCCAGUAUGGAUAACUCUAACACUUUUAAUCCUUUAGAAAUGUGCUUCUAAACUCUUAUGACUAGGUGAUCUCCCACUCUAAUAAAAUUUUAGGGUGUUGCAAAUUUAAAAAUGAAAUGCCUUUGGCAGAACUUUGGCAGACUACCGUUUAUUUCCUAGGAUGUUUCUGAAUAAUUUUUGUGUGUGUGUGUGAGUUUUUUCUUCAUUUCUCUUCAUAGUUAAAGGAGCUGUGUCACAAAGUUCAGCCAAAUUAGGAAAUUACAAAAUGCCCGUUAAAUUAAGAGAAGCAUAAAAUAAUCAUUUAAAACUUUAAAGGACGGUUAAAAUAACAUAACAGAAACAAAAGAUGCCACGGAUGGGUAAAACUGAAGAAAAUUGAAAUUAAGGUUGUUGAAAACUGUUCUGCCUAACAGUUUUUCAAAGUUGAGUUCUGCUGCUUGCAACUUCAAAAAUGGUGCUCAGGAGACAUAUUUGUUUGUCCCGGAUCUCUGAUUUUGUCAUUUACAUGUAAUUUCUUUGCUUACUUUAAGUUCCAUAGCGAUUGAGGGCAAGUAAUUGGCAAAAUUAAACAAAAUGAACUGGACUGCCGUGACAUAGCCCCUUUAAUCCUUGGUUCUAGCAUAUCACCUUGUAAGCUGAGGGCGCUUUCAAUUUGUCAGAACUGGCCGGCCAGACCAUUGCCCGACCAAUCUGUUUGAUAAUGAAAUGUACAUUUACAAAGAGUUUUUGCUGAACAACCAUUUCCUUGGUGCAUACUACUUAGGGUUUGACUGAUUAAAAUGGAAAUUCUCAUUGCGUUGGGAAUGGUUUGGCCAGUCAGUUCUGAAAAAUAGAAAGCACCUUGAGUCUCCUUCAGUCUUCUUCUUGAUCAAGGAGGAGAAAAGGAGGCUUUGCGUGAUGGUGUUUACCCUUUGAAGUCACCAUAGCCCAAACUUCAGUCUUGAAAGCAAGCAUCAGUUUAUUGAUAAGCCAAUUGUCACAACUGAGCCCUCUGACUGCCAGGUGCACGACUAUUAGCCCUGACUUUGAAACUGUAGAUACAAAGUAUGCAUGCUGAACUUAGAUCCAUCCCAGUUCAAUGCAUGCGAAGUUUUUCUUGAGUAAGCCAAAAUCAAGAAAGUGAGAGGAAGAUGCUGCUUGCAGACAAGUGCUGUCAUCUGGGUCAUUUGUCCAUUCCAGUGAUUUUGUUACAAAUAAUUAUGGUGAGUCCAGGCACUCAUCUUAUGAACAAAAAAUCAGUCUCACUCCACAACCAUUGAGUCCCAGUUCAAAAACAAUUAGUCCUAAAUUGAAAAUUCUUGGCCAUUUAUGUGACCAGACAGACAAAAGAUAUUCUUUUGUAAAGCACAACAAAUUAAAGACUAUAAGAAAUAUGCGUUGUUAAAUAACAGCUGCAAGAACAGCCACAGAAAUAGUCACAUGAACAGGAUAUUCUGCAAAGACAUCUUCAGAUUGAUUGAUCGAUUGAUCGAUCGCUCUUUUUGUCUUAUGGGACACAUGCCAUGAACUUUUGUGCAUCUUUGGGGAAUUGUUUUACAUUAGGGAAUUGCAGGACGCAGCGGUAACAAAAUCACUGUCAUUCCGGAUCCACCCUUGAUGGUUGCUUGCUUUCAACAGGUUGUAGACUGGUUUUAUGGGAUGUUAAUCAAGAGGGGCUUGAUGCUGUAGGAAAGGAAAUUAAAACUGCUGGUGGUGAGGUGCAUUCUUACAAGUGCAAUCUGCGAGAUAAAACUGAAAUUCAUGAAACUGCAGCAAGAGUGAAAGAGGAUGUUGGUGAAGUUUCUCUGCUGGUAAACAAUGCUGGCAUUGUUUCAGGAAAGAAGUUUAUGGAUUGCACUGAUGAGGAAAUUUCAGCCACUUUUGAUGUUAACUCCCUAGCCCACUUCUGGGUAAGUCUCUAGGUCUAUUAGUGAACAGUUUGUAAUAUUGCAAGUGUUGUGGCUCACAUUUACCCUGGGUUUGAAUUUAUUUUCCUUUUUUAAGGUGGGGUGGGGGUGGGGUAUGGUAAUGUUUGAUAAACAUGUGUUCUUGAAAAGUCCUUGAAAAUUGGAAAUUUGUGGGAUAUCAUUGAAAAGUCCUUGAAUUUUCUCCAGAAGUCCUUGAAUAUUUUUGAAAUCUCCGUGAAUAAAGAUACACUUAGCCUUCAUUAAAACAAGUGUUUAGUGCAAAGGAAAGAUUUGAAAGUACAGCAGUACGUAAAUUUUCUUAGUGAUCAUGAAAGUGUGUUUUCAUAUAAUUUCGGUUUUCCCGUCGUCCUUGAUUUUUUCCCAAAAAUUCUGUAUGUACCAUGAUCAUUCAUAAACAGUGAGUGCUAAACAGCAUUGCACAAGAGUUUCAAAGACAUUUUGUGGUACUUUACAUGUACCUGACAUUGUUUAUAGAAGUCAGCUUAACAAGUCUCUCUUUAAGGUGCCUUGGGGAGGGGGAGAGAGAGUGGAAAUGCUUUCNAUUAUGGUGAGUCCAGGCACUCAUCUUAUGAACAAAAAAUCAGUCUCACUCCACAACCAUUGAGUCCCAGUUCAAAAACAAUUAGUCCUAAAUUGAAAAUUCUUGGCCAUUUAUGUGACCAGACAGACAAAAGAUAUUCUUUUGUAAAGCACAACAAAUUAAAGACUAUAAGAAAUAUGCGUUGUUAAAUAACAGCUGCAAGAACAGCCACAGAAAUAGUCACAUGAACAGGAUAUUCUGCAAAGACAUCUUCAGAUUGAUUGAUCGAUUGAUCGAUCGCUCUUUUUGUCUUAUGGGACACAUGCCAUGAACUUUUGUGCAUCUUUGGGGAAUUGUUUUACAUUAGGGAAUUGCAGGACGCAGCGGUAACAAAAUCACUGUCAUUCCGGAUCCACCCUUGAUGGUUGCUUGCUUUCAACAGGUUGUAGACUGGUUUUAUGGGAUGUUAAUCAAGAGGGGCUUGAUGCUGUAGGAAAGGAAAUUAAAACUGCUGGUGGUGAGGUGCAUUCUUACAAGUGCAAUCUGCGAGAUAAAACUGAAAUUCAUGAAACUGCAGCAAGAGUGAAAGAGGAUGUUGGUGAAGUUUCUCUGCUGGUAAACAAUGCUGGCAUUGUUUCAGGAAAGAAGUUUAUGGAUUGCACUGAUGAGGAAAUUUCAGCCACUUUUGAUGUUAACUCCCUAGCCCACUUCUGGGUAAGUCUCUAGGUCUAUUAGUGAACAGUUUGUAAUAUUGCAAGUGUUGUGGCUCACAUUUACCCUGGGUUUGAAUUUAUUUUCCUUUUUUAAGGUGGGGUGGGGGUGGGGUAUGGUAAUGUUUGAUAAACAUGUGUUCUUGAAAAGUCCUUGAAAAUUGGAAAUUUGUGGGAUAUCAUUGAAAAGUCCUUGAAUUUUCUCCAGAAGUCCUUGAAUAUUUUUGAAAUCUCCGUGAAUAAAGAUACACUUAGCCUUCAUUAAAACAAGUGUUUAGUGCAAAGGAAAGAUUUGAAAGCACAGCAGUACGUAAAUUUUCUUAGUGAUCAUGAAAGUGUGUUUUCAUAUAAUUUCGGUUUUCCCGUCGUCCUUGAUUUUUUCCCAAAAAUUCUGUAUGUACCAUGAUCAUUCAUAAACAGUGAGUGCUAAACAGCAUUGCACAAGAGUUUCAAAGACAUUUUGUGGUACUUUACAUGUACCUGACAUUGUUUAUAGAAGUCAGCUUAACAAGUCUCUCUUUAAGGUGCCUUGGGGAGGGGGAGAGAGAGUGGAAAUGCUUUCAUUCUAUUUUGACCUUAUUUUCCACCUUAGCCAUGAAGAAAAUAACUGCGUGAUCAUUUCUAAUGACCUUUUGACAUUACUAUUCAAGUAUUACUAAUGUGAAAAUCUUACCGUGAAGAAGUUCCUCAACAGUUGUGCUGACUAUGACUUGUAGAAGCAUCAACUCUUACAUAAAUAUCACAGUAAUAUUAUAACCUUUUUGGUCACUUCAAGAAUGUUCCUCCCAGUAGUUCUUCAACUGUUUAUUUGCUUGUAAAAAGAAAAAACAGCAAUUGAAGAAGUUGAUGUACAUGUCAGGGUGCAAAGAAAGUCUGUUUUACAGCCUACCAUUUGGGCAGGCUCUAGCUAGCAUGUACUAGCCCACAAGUCAUUUCAACCAGCUCCAAAACCCUUUUGGAUUAGCAGAAUUGAUUACAAUCCUUCUGUAAUUUGAAUUUCCUCCAAAAACAGCAUGUGCCCCUCAGGCAAGUUAGGAACAAAAGUCACUAGCCCGAUAGCAAAAUCCACUAGCCCCGGGCUAUCAGACACGACUUUCUUUACAUGCUGCAUGUUGAGAUGCUCUUAGUGUAGAGACUGGAAGGAGGUUAAUUGGGAGAAAGUUGAUUCAAUGACCAAACUUGGGGCACAAAAAUUAAUACAAUGUAUGUACAAUGUAACAUUGCUGCUGAUUUUACAGGGGUGAAUGACAACUAUACAAACUUGUCAAAGAAGAGUCACACUGUACAUACAUGUACCUGAGAUCAAGAAUUGUCAGUAAAUGUCAAAUUAAGUCCAUAAUCUUUGAUUAUUAGCAUUAAGUACAGUUGUGUAUGUUUUGUGCUUCAUAAAAGACCAAACUUGGCACAGAUAUCUUUGCCUUUCUACAAAAGGGCUAUGAUUAAAUUUUUAUAAAUUAUUUUCCUCUCUGUAGACCAUAAGAGAAUUCCUACCUAGCAUGCUUCAUCGUAAACAUGGUCACAUUGUAAGCUUAGCAUCCAUAGCUGGUAAGACUGGUCUGGCUGGUGCAGUUGAUUACUGCUCAUCAAAGUUUGCUGCUGUUGGACUCAUGGAGGCAUUACGUCAAGAACUCUCAAGCAUAGGAUCUACUGGUAUUCAAUUCACCACAGUUUGCCCUUCACUUAUAACUACUGGAAUGUUUGAAGGUGUUAAGUUUAGGUUGGUGAAAUCAUUAAUAUUUUCAUUCAGUUAAAUGUACAUGCUUAUCUAUAGUUAGAAUAAUUACAGUGAAACCUGUAUUAAGCGAGAACCUUUUAUUAAGCUAACAGUAACGAAAGUCCAAAAAUUAUUUUAAUCUCUCAUUUACUGUAGAUGAAACCUUUAUUUUAAUGUCCACCUAAAAGUGGACUCAAGCAGAUGCAGACACUUAAAAAGUUGAUGAAAAGCUCAUUUCUAUUGUUACAAACUCGUUUUAACCUUUCAAACCCUAAGAUCAAAAUUUUGAAUUCUCAUUUGCUGCCCCUAUCUAUUUCCUGCAGAAGUAGGGGGAGAAGUUGAUAAAAUAUCAAGCAGAUUCAUCUCGUGUGAUCAUGUCCGUAAUUCUCCUGUCCCUGUUUUACAAAGCAUUGAUAUUACAAGGAGAAAUUUGAUGCUCAUCACUCUUGAUGCAAUGACCUCUGGACCAAUAUUUUAAAGAAAAUAAUGAUUUUGAAUGAUUAUUGGUCAUGAUUGUCAUCAUAACUGAUUAUAAUGGCCAAUUAAUACACCUAACAAGUGUAUUAAGUGAUUUCUGGGUUGUUGUUGUCUUUGUUUAUNUUAUAAAUUAUUUUCCUCUCUGUAGACCAUAAGAGAAUUCCUACCUAGCAUGCUUCAUCGUAAACAUGGUCACAUUGUAAGCUUAGCAUCCAUAGCUGGUAAGACUGGUCUGGCUGGUGCAGUUGAUUACUGCUCAUCAAAGUUUGCUGCUGUUGGACUCAUGGAGGCAUUACGUCAAGAACUCUCAAGCAUAGGAUCUACUGGUAUUCAAUUCACCACAGUUUGCCCUUCACUUAUAACUACUGGAAUGUUUGAAGGUGUUAAGUUUAGGUUGGUGAAAUCAUUAAUUUUCAUUCAGUUAAAUGUACAUGCUUAUCUAUAGUUAGAAUAAUUACAGUGAAACCUGUAUUAAGCGAGAACCUUUUAUUAAGCUAACAGUAACGAAAGUCCAAAAAUUAUUUUAAUCUCUCAUUUACUGUAGAUGAAACCUUUAUUUUAAUGUCCACCUAAAAGUGGACUCAAGCAGAUGCAGACACUUAAAAAGUUGAUGAAAAGCUCAUUUCUACUGUUACAAACUCGUAUUUAACCUUUCAAACCCUAAGAUCAAAAUUUUGAAUUCUCAUUUGCUGCCCCUAUCUAUUUCCUGCAGAAGUAGGGGGAGAAGUUGAUAAAAUAUCAAGCAGAUUCAUCUCGUGUGAUCAUGUCCGUAAUUCUCCUGUCCCUGUUUUACAAAGCAUUGAUAUUACAAGGAGAAAUUUGAUGCUCAUCACUCUUGAUGCAAUGACCUCUGGACCAAUAUUUUAAAGAAAAUAAUGAUUUUGAAUGAUUAUUGGUCAUGAUUGUCAUCAUAACUGAUUAUAAUGGCCAAUUAAUACACCUAACAAGUGUAUUAAGUGAUUUCUGGGUUGUUGUUGUCUUUGUUUAUCAGGUUUCCCCAUUUGUUAGGAUUUAGUAUAUUAACUCCAGAGUAUGCAGCAUCGAAAGUUGUGGAUGCUAUAGAAAAGAACCAGAAGAUUCUUAUGAUGCCCAGAGGAGCGUAUUUUUCAACAGCUUUACAACAGUAUGUACAGCAGUUUGAUUUACAUUCAAAUAACAGAAUAUGUUUAGAAUUAACAUAAAAGAGUUUGUUACUUCUCUGCCAAAACAGCCAAAAUGCAAAAAAGAACAGGUGUCGCUUUCUAUUCUUAGAAAAAAAAAAUAGAUUGCUGCUGUCAAAAUUCUUUCCUCCUUUUCUGUCAGUAAAAUUAUUAUCAGUGCUUCCUGAGAGGACUGUUGCCAGUUUCCGGGCCCAUGUUGCCUGUCACUUCCGUAAAAGUGAAGAAGAGCUCCCCUAAAAGUCUGUCAGCCGACUGUCAGUAUACUGUCAGCCAACUGUCGACCGACAGUAUGCCAACAGUUAACCGACAGUGUGUUGACUAACAGUAAACUGACAUUUAAAAAGUUGAGAAGUGUAAUGACAUCAUAUUUUCAGUUAGUUUAUUAUUCUAUUACGUAGUCACUUGUCAGAGAUAAUUAAAGCUGCUUACAACUUGGUCAUUGCAAGCGGAGGCUUUUCUGGUAUUCAACAGGCGUUCUCAACUGACACUUAGCUGACAGAUUACCAACAUGCUGCCAACAGUCGGCCGCUGACUGUUGGCAGAAAAUUUUUGUAAAAGGCGGUAAACGACUGUCGGCCAACUGUUGGCCGACUGGUGGUCAACAGUCAACCAACAGUCAGCCGACAGUUUUUUUGGGGAGCUGUUCUUCCCUUUUUCCGUUGCUUCUACCCCCUGCAAGGUCUCAUAAUAAAUAUUAUACAGGGAACAAUGGUCAUCUUGGGGACAGAGGUAUAAAGUGGCCAUUGUAAAGAGAUGAACUGAUUAUCAGUGGGGAGGUAUAUAUGGAUGCAAUGUACCACUUCUUAGGGAAAGGGUAGAACCCUCAUUUUUUCCCAGGCUUUCUUUCUACAAAUGCAUAAGUUGUGUUUUUAAAAUGCGAAGACCUUCUUUGCAUCCAUUUCUUCAUUCCACAGUUACAAUAAAAAGAAUUAUAUGAAAUUCAUAUACUAAUCAUCUCAGAAACCCAAACAGUGAAUAUUAUGGACUGUUCACCUGGACAAAAUAAUAGUGGCUGGUGUAUUGCUAUAAUCAACAAGGGGCUUUCUAGUCUUCUUUUCUUGGUGGGUCUAGGGGUGUUGAUCGAAUUAUUUUGAAAUUUGAAAUUUCAAAAUUUUUUGAAAUUUUUGAAAUUUUAAAUUUAUUUUUAGUGUUUUAUCAUUUAAUGCUUCUGUAGUCUACUUGUAGCCGCACCCUCCCCCUGACAAAGGAAAAAGCACCCUUUUCUCCGUUUUUUCCUUUAAUAGUAGCAAUGACAGGAGGAUUCACAGUCGCUUUUGGUUCGUUGCCAUGUUUGAGAACCUGACAAAGAGCGUGUCGCACCUAGUUUGCCUUAUUUGGAAAUUCUCAAGGGAUGGUUGAAGGACAGCAUUUUUACCAGGCAACACAAAAUGGCGCACGAAAUGCUAUCGGCUACACAUAGGCUAAUGCUUCUGGAUAAUUUUAAUGCGCGCAAAUUCGGCAUGGGAUUCUUUGGGGGUUAAUUUUCGGUCCAAGGAUUUUUUCGGGUUUUGUUGGAUACCCUAGGAAUCUUUUAGGGUUUUGAUAAAUUUUUUGCUCCCAUUCGAUCAUAGGGGUGUAACGAUUCAUAGUCCUUGCGGUUCGAUUCGAUUUCGAUUAUUGCCUUUCGAUUUCGACUAUGUAAAUGCCUCUUAAUUCUUAUAACAUAACGCGUAAUGUAAACAAUAUUCAACCCUAAACCCUGAAUUUGAGAAUAGUAGCAAGGACAGGAGGAUUCACAGUCGCUUUUGGUUCGUUGCCAUGUUUGAGAACCUGACAAAGAGCGUGUCGCACCUAGUUUGCCUUAUAUGGAAAUUCUCAAGGGAUGGUUGAAGGACAGCAUUUUUACCAGGCAACACAAAAUGGCGCACGAAAUGCUAUCGGCUACACAUAGGCUAAUGCUUCUGGAUAAUUUUAAUGCGCGCAAAUUCGGCAUGGGAUUCUUUGGGGGUUAAUUUUCGGUCCAAGGAUUUUUUCGGGUUUUGUUGGAUACCCUAGGAAUCUUUUAGGGUUUUGAUAAAUUUUUUGCUCCCAUUCGAUCAUAGGGGUGUAACGAUUCAUAGUCCUUGCGGUUCGAUUCGAUUUCGAUUAUUGCCUUUCGAUUUCGACUAUGUAAAUGCCUCUUAAUUCUUAUAACAUAACGCGUAAUGUAAACAAUAUUCAACCCUAAACCCUGAAUUUGAGAAUAGUAGCAAGGACAGGAGGAUUCACAGUCGCUUUUGGUUCGUUGCCAUGUUUGAGAACCUGACAAAGAGCGUGUCGCACCUAGUUUGCCUUAUUUGGAAAUUCUCAAGGGAUGGUUGAAGGACAGCAUUUUUACCAGGCAACACAAAAUGGCGCACGAAAUGCUGUCGUCUUUACUCGUCAAUCAUAAACGCACAAUUGAAAGCGUUCUGGAUUCAGAUUUUACAAUAUAAUAACUCACUAAGGGCACCCUAGAAAAGGUGUGCAAAAAUCGAACCGAAAUCGAGACUUGGAAGCAAAGAAUCGUGAAUCGAACCGAACGGUCAUAAUCGCGAUUAAUCGAGAAUUCGAUUAGUCGUUACACCACUAUAAUCGAUCAUCUCCAUCACUUGAAAUGGGAGUGCCCUCUCCCCUGGAUAUAUGUCUAAGGCGUCAAUUGAAAGUUCUUUGUUUUGAUACCUGAAUAUGUUUAGAUGCCAAGCUACAACUGCAGAUACAUUAUUAGGGUUUUCCAAUUUCCAUCGUGGUGUGAUUGAUGAAUGGUUGACUUUUUUCAUGAAAAUAAUGUAUGGCACUGGGGUCGAAAUGUUUGGUUUGUAAUAACUUGUACAAGUCAGUGAUAAUAAGGUUAUAUUUCUGACAUGUGCUCUGUUUUUUUUUUCUUCAAAGCAUCCUUCCAGUAGAUGCCACAGAUGUGCUAUUGAAAUUUCUUGGAGCAGAUGUUGCAAUGAACUCGUUCAUUGGACGACAAAGAAACACACCAAAAAUGUGA